UUCUCAAACACACUUCAGCAGAAUAUGAUUUGUGUGAUAGUUUUACUGUGUUUGUGUCUGUGGCGUCUGAACGGUGUGUUUGUUGAUGAAAUGAAGUCAGUGUCAGUGAUGGAGGGACAUUCUGUUACUCUACACACUGAUACUCAACUACAGAGUCAAGAUGACAUCGAGUGGACGUUUGGUGUUGAGAGUCCAGAUGAGAUUAUUGCUGAAUUCUUCAGUAAAGACAAACUAACAUCUAUUAAUGAGACAUUAAAGAAUCACUUACAUAUAGAUGAUCAGACUGGAUCUCUCAUCAUCACAAACAUCACAACUCAACACACUGGACUUUAUAAACUAGAGAUCAGCAGAAAACCUUCUGUCCUCACCAGACACUUCAAUCUGACUGUCUAUGCUGGUCUGCCUGUUCCUGUCAUCUCCAGAGUCUCUUCUCAAUGUUCUUCAUCAUCUUCAUCAUCAUGUUGUUGUGUGUUGUGUUCAGUGAUGAAUGUGUCACAUGAUGUGAGUGUCUCCUGGUACAAAGGAAAGAGUUUAUUGUCCAGCAUCAGUGUGUCUGAUCUCAACAUCAGACUCUCUCUACCUCUGGAGGUGGAAUAUCAGGAUACAAACACAUACAGAUGUGUGGUCAACAAUCCCAUCACAAACCUCACACAACAUCUACACAUCACUCAACUCUGUCACAUGUGUGCAGAGGUUUUGUCCAAACUAGAAGGGAUGUGCACAUCGAUGCUGCAGUUUUGA